AUGAGCAACAUUCUAGGGAACCACCCUCAUCCAACAACUACAGAUUCUGAUGAUCAAGAUGAAAUUUCAGAUGCCUCGCAACCAAUCAUACUAUCAGUCCCAACAGAAUCUCUCGAUAAUUCGCUGCCUGCCAGUGAUAGCAGUGAACAGUCAGGAUCAUUCAAGAAUAUGGAUGAGAAUACUUCGUCUUUAAGUGGCUUCUUCAGCGGUCCACAAAUAUCAUCUACCCUCCAUCAUGGUGUCGAAACCGAAAACAUGCGCCUCAAGAAAGAAAUCAAAUCACAUAAACGCAAAGUACGACAAUUACAACAUGACAUUGCAACAUUGGAUGGAAAAUUAGAAACCCAUACAAUACUUUACAAUCAGCUGUUAGAUUGUGUUGAUCACAGCACAGGCACAACUCGUAGUUCCCUUGUGCCCAUUAGUACCAGCGAGAAGGUCUCAGGAUUGACUGAUGUCAUCUCCAUCACCUUUGCCUCAUACACACCAUUAGAUUGCAAAGAUUUUCGGGACAUCAGAACAAUCUAUUGGACGCGAUCCGACUUCAAUUCUGCAAAGACCAAGUCCCGUGGUGUCUUGAAAUGGGGCUCCAACAAAAGGAAGACAACAAGAACUACUGACGAUGCUGAAUCUGUAGAAUCUGACUCCAAGGGAAACGAGAAGGCAGGAGCUCUUCUGUUCCUGGUUGACAAGCAUGGUAAAGUUCUGUCUGAAACUCGUCAAAAGGACAUUUGCUCGUUCCAACGCAUCGACAGCAUCACACAGCUAUAUUACUAUGGCUGCAUGCGCACUUGGUUUCCGGAAUUGCAGUUAUGUGAAGGUGACUGGAAGGUGGAGGCGAUGGCAGUGGAGUAUUAUCAUGGCUGGGUAGAUCGGCUAACCACAGGUACUGCUGUCAAGAUUGAAUCCAAAGACACCAAGAUCAAGGGCGAAAAGUCUCGUGACCCUUCUCUCGCACUAGAGGCCUUGAGAAGUUCUUCCUCAAAGCGUCCGACAUCCCUGACAGUACUACAAAGCGAGCGUGCCAAGAAACAAAGGGUAUUACUCGCAGAUGGAACAUCCGAGUCAUCAGAAAGUAUUUCUACUUCUAUCACUAUGAAGAAGCCUGUUCCAGCUUCACCACCAGCCUUACAAGUUUCUCAGCAUGUUCAACAACACUGGCGCACAAGACACUACGAAAUUCCACAAUCUCAGCCUACUAUGCACAUUCAAGUCAGUACAGCCUCCAGCUCAGAUUCUGCUCAACCCUCUGGCAAAUCUGUCACACCAUUGUUGGAUUCUGUCCCACUACCAAGCUCUUCGACACUCGCAUUUCUUGCAACAGCCCUCAAUAAUGCGUCGCUCGAGGGUAGCACAUCUCCUCAUAUUUCACCUCCCUCUGCUACAUCUACCGGAGACGUUCUCACCCAGCCUGUCAAAAAAAAAAGAGGUCCAACAAACCCUAACAACGUCUUCAAGCCAAGUUCGGGGUCAACGACAGCGCGCAACCUCUGUGGUAUCGAAUGGCAGGCUCAGCACAAGACAGGAACUGUUGCAGAGUUUACGCACACUGGAAUAGUCUGA